AUGGAUUCCACACAGCCUUCCAUCAAUGCUGCCUCUCCUCCAAACGUCGACACGAGUCCGACGAUUGCGGGCUUGUUGCGACAGCAAGAUACGAUUGGACGCGAUAACGCGGAAGUCAAAGCUGCGCGUCGUCGUGUAAAGACCCCGAAGCUCCGAAGCUCCUCUCUCGCGACAUCGAAGCGAUCGAGCGCCAGUACGCUGCUGACGGUGACUGGUCGUUCAUCUCGACGCAUGGGGCAGGCCCUACUGUAUGAGUUCUCGAGCGCCAAAUACGACAUGGUGAUCGACACCAGUCGGACAAUUACCAAAGAUCCGCUUCAAAUGAUCACUGCUUCGCUGGUAGGCAAGAACCGAGUUAACAAAACUACAAAGCAGCUGUACGACGAGUCCACGAUCGGGCAAGUAUCGAAGCACCCCGGUGGCAAUCAGCGCAUGAAUGUGAAGGCUAAGAAGCCUGUUUGA